AUGCUUAAGUUUAUUUCCAAUAAAUUGAUAGUGUAUUUAGUGGUGCUAUUGGCUGUAAUCACAACUACUAAUUCGUACCUUUUAUUUCCCGAAAUUGUAGAUGUUCUUGAAUCAGCAGACCAGGUAUGUGAAACGGACAAAUAUUUCAAGGGUCAAAUGGUUAAUAGUUAUGGAAUAACUAAAUUUACUGGUGUCCGUGUAUUCAAAGUAUAUACAGUGACCUCACAACCAUUUGCAAUACAGGAAUCUAUACGAUUUGUAUAUUGUGAAGAUGGCAAGAAACAAUAUCAGAAGAUAGUUAUUCAGGAAGAAAAGAAUAAGAGUGAUAUCUAUUGGAAGGAGCCAUUUCCAAUUAAGUCUGCCGAGAAGGAACCUAUAUUUAAAAUGUCUAGAAGAGAUGGCUAUAUCAAUCAUGAUAAGACAUAUGUCCUCCCAGGGUCCAUUAUUGGCGGACUAUUUCAAUGUUUUGAUUUAAAUUGUUCCUCAGCAAAUUCAAGACCAUUGUUGCCUGUUUAUUCUUAUACGCAUAAAAAGAUGUGGACAGAAUCCACUAGAGGAAAUUCUUUUACUAAUUGGACAAUUGAUAAGUAUAUUCCUUUAGUGUCGACAUCAAAUGACAAUAUAAGCUCUAAACAAUUAUUAAAACAAAUACUUUCGAAUAAAAAAAGACAUAGAACACCAAGAAGAUUUAUUCGGGAAGCGUUUGGAAAGGGACACCUUCGAGAAGAUAAUAUUUCGGUUAGUUGUUUCGAUAAAUGGUGUACGUCGAUCAAUAUAGAUGAAAAAUAUUAA